CAAUGAAUUUCGUGAAUCAUGAUUACCCGUUAACAACAAUAACAUAAAAAUAAAUGACAAUAAGCCCCAUACACGAUACACAAACUGAGUGUCGACUCGACUACACGAGUGAGUGAGUGAGUGACUGAUUUCAGACUUUCAGAGUUCAGAUUUGAGGUGAUCCGAGUGCCUCUGCGUAGCGACUGGCAAGUAAGAAUCACUAAUCGAAAUAUUUCACUAUCGAAUAAUACUUGACAGAGAACUGAAUAAUUGUAUGCGGUCUUUGCGACUUUUUGUGGCAGUAUUAUCCGCUAGUCGUACAGGUGCGUAGCGUUCAGAUCAUAUCGCCACCUACAGCAACUUAAAGUUACAACAGUUUUUAGUACAUCGUUUAGUAAUGGCAAAUAACCAAGAAGCAAUGCAAGUCUGUUCCUUGCCUUUACCACCCGUGCAAUACUUUCAAAAUUAUUCAGAUGAAAACAUUAGACGAGGUCGAGCUUCUAAGCCGCCACCAAUAAUUCAAGAAACUUACACAAUGUUUGGAAACCCAUAUAAUGCUGAAGAUAGUAUAAUAAGACCUUUGGAAAGUCAGGGUUUUAAGCGUCUAUACCCUCAACAUUUUGAUAGACGACGUGAAUUACGAAAACUUAACCAUUCGUUAUUGGUUAACUUUCUCGACUUAUUGGAUUUGUUGAUCCAAUGCCCUGACUCUCCUAGACGAGCUGAAAAAGUUGACGACAUAAGUCUACUGUUUAUACACAUACACCAUUUAUUAAAUGAGUUUCGUCCUCACCAAGCACGGGAAACAGUCCGUGUCAUGUUAGACUUGCAGAGGAGACAAAGAAAUGAAACCACAAUACGAUUGCAAAAACAUAUUGAUAAAGUUAGCGAUAUUUUACAACAAACAUUAGAAAACUUGCCAGACACAGAACUUGAUUCUAAGCUCAUGGUGGAUACAUCCAAAAUUGAUCGUUUAGAACAGAAAAAUGCCGAUGAACCUAGAGUUGACAAAUGUGUACCUAAAGAUAAAUUGAUGUGUCAUCUUAUUGAUACAAUGAAUAACAACUAAAAAUUAGACAGUUUAUUUAUCUUUUGUUAUUGUUUUAUAUAUUUAUACUUAAAAUAUUUUAAACUAACAAUAUAUUUGUCAUUCUUUUACACUUGGACCACUUAUGUCCAUAUAUUAUACAUUACCUUUGUGUAUACUCAAAUUUGAAACACAAUGAAUAAUUUAAUAUACCUUUUUUUUUGUAUUGAUAAUAAUUGUUUAAUAAUUGAUAACAGUACUGCUAAAAUAUCAAAUCAUGUUUUUCAACUAUAUAAUUAAUUUUUCUAAAAUAAUUAUUUAAUAAUGAAUUUACGU